GCCUUGUCCCCAGCUCACCGUCCACCCAGCGGUUCGAAAGCUUCGGCGAUAUUUCCAAGAGAUUCCAGUUUAAAAGACAAGUUUAUAAAACACUUUACAGGUCCAGUCACAUUUUCAGCUGAAUGUAGCAAGCAUUUCCACCGGCUGUAUCACAAUACACGGGAUUGCUCAACUCCAGCCUAUUACAAAAGGUGUGCAAGAUUGCUGACAAGGUUAGCAAUGAGCCCACUGUGUACACAGCCAUAGGAGGCCUGCUAUACUUUCCUGCUAAGACAGAACUCUGGUUUGCUGAGAAAGUGCCUUGAAAUCUACCCCA